AUUUACAAUUCACACACAACAAACCCCCACAUGGAUUUUGAUGGCCACCUUGAACGAGACCUUUCGCUCACACUGGCUCAUCUCCAUCUUCGGAUUGGCCCUGUUCCUAGCAGGCACCGUCGUGCUCUACUGGAAUGAGGGCCGUGCGGUGCACGCAAUGAUGGCUCUGGAUGAAGCGUACGACGACAUCUACUCUAUCCAGUUCACGGAGGAGGAGCAGGACCAGACCUUCGAGAACCGCAUCGUGCACAUCUCGGGGCCCAUUCUGGUUGGGGAGCCGCUCACCGAGCCCGACUACAACAUCCAGCUGAUGGCCGUCAAGUUGCGGAGGCGCGUGCAAAUGUAUCAGUGGGUGGAGGAGUCCAUCGAGCACAACUAUGGCGAGAGUGUGGGAACAGAGCAGUCGGACUCGCGCACCUACUACUACACCAGGGAGUGGCGGGACAAGAUCGUGGACUCGCGCAACUUCUACAAUCGCCAUGGCCACACCAAUCCCACACACUUCCCCAUCGAGAGCAACGUGCAGGUGGCCGACGCCGUGUACAUUGGCAGAUACGAGCUUGGGUCGGAGCUGAAGAACAAGUUCCAGGACUACCAGGAGCUGACGUCGGACAUUCGGCCAGAGGACAGCAGUAUCAAGCUCCACCUAGGCCUCUACUAUCACACCAACGAUGUGUUCAAUCCGGUGGUGGGCGACCUGCGCAUCCUCUUCAGCUUCGCCGCCAUGGAGGGGGAGACGUACAGCGUCGUGGGCAAGCUGGAGGGCAACAAGCUGGUUCCCUACGUCACCUCCCGCGGAGUUCGCGUGCUGCUGGUCUAUCCGGGGCCCUUGACCGUACACGAGGUGUUCAAGCUCGAAUCUCGCACCCAGGUGCUGCACACCUGGUGGCGGCGCUUCAUUGGCUGGCUGCUCAUUUUCUUUGGCGUCACCUGCAACUCCAAGAUACUCCGAUUGCUGCUGCUGCGUGUUCCUCUACUCAUUUGUCUGGCGCCCGAUCCGCAGUUCCCAAUGACCGGAAACUUUGUCAUCGCCUUCUCGCUGGCGCUCAUCAAUGCGGCCGUGGCCUGGAUCCUGCAUCGACCUCUGAUCGGGGCCUGCCUCUUCCUGGCCGGAGCCUCGCCCUACCUCUGGUUCACCCGCAGCCUGGUCGACUACCAUCGCCUGGAUUGACUCGAUUGCCGGUUUCCGAUUUGUUUCCUUCGUUCCUUUGGCUACUUAUUUACAGGUUUAUUUAUUCCUUGUUUUACGUUUCACGUUUUACGUCCAAUCAAUAAAAUAAAAACUUAAUAACACUUAA